AUGCGCAAGCGAGAUAUACUAGCCAAGUGCGUCCUAGCAAGCCCUGCUUCUGGCCAUCGCCUCCGCUGGCGAGAAAUCCUUAAGCUAGUAAAGUCUCGCCUCAAACGUUGGGACGAUGGGGACUGCCUAGGCCUCUGGACUGAAGCAGUGGAGAGCAGUCAAGCUCAAGCCUCUCGUCGCAAACAGCCGACGAACCUCCGUAACCAAAAUGCCAAAAGGGCCUUACAUGCCGCUCAGAACGGCCAAUACAGAAAAGCCAUGAAGGCUCUUACUUCAGAGGGAGCAGCCCCAGCAGACGAAACGGUCCUGAAAGACAUGCUAAGCAAGCACCCCCAGGUUCCUCCUCCUGGGACUCCCCCUGGCCCUACCCCAUCACCAAUCAAAUUAACGGAGUCAAUUGUCUCGAAAGGAGUUAAGUCAUUCCCCCCUGGCUCAGCCCCGGGCCCCUCUGGUCUCCGUCCAAGCCACCUCCGUGAGGCUGUUCUUUGCCCGUCACCAGAUCACGGGAAUAGACUGCUCUUCUCUCUAACCAGCCUGGUAAACCUGCUAGCUUCUGGCCGUGCUCCACCCUCCAUCACACCUCAUCUCUGUGGGGCAACUCUAAUCGCUAUUAAGAAGAAAUGUGGAGGAUUACGCCCAAUUGCCAUCGGUGAGUCUCUUCGUCGGCUCACUUCGAAAUGCCUCGCUUUCUCGACCCGACCCACUGCUCUUCCCCACUUUCUCCCAAACCAGCUGGGCGUUGGAGUAAAAGGGGGCUGCGAAGCAAUUAUCCACGCAGUAUCCAGCCACUUCUCCUCAAGCCCCAGCGACGGGUGCUGGACUCUCCUUGUGGAUUUUUCUAAUGCAUUCAAUAGCAUCGAUCGGGGAAGCAUGUUUCAGGAGUUCCGCAAGCACAUCCCCUCUCUCUCCCCCUGGAUAGAAGCCUGCUACUCCAGCCAGCCCAACCUUCUUCUGGGAAGCCACUCCCUACUCAGCUGCAGCGGAGUUCAACAAGGGGAUCCUUUAGGCCCCCUCGGUUUUGCCCUCACACUCCAACCCAUUAUUGAUUGCAUUCAAUCUGAAGUCCCAGGCCUGGCCCUUAAUGCGUGGUAUUUGGACGAUGGCACCCUAAUCGGUUCGCCCAACGACCUCUUGUCUGCUCUCGAGAUCAUUGAAAGAGAAGGUCCGAGAAUUGGCCUCCACUUAAAUAAAGCCAAGUCUCUCCUCUAUAUUCCUGCUGAGGCUGAUCAAUCUGUCAACCCCCUUCCUUCGGCUAUCCCCAUAGUCCGUGAAGGCUUCUCACUCCUUGGUUGCCCAGUCGGUCCUCCUGAUUUCUGCGAGGCUUCAUUUCAAACCCGCAUAGACAAGAUCAAACUCUCUCUGAACCUUCUCCACACCCUUGAAGACUCUCAAGCACAAACCACUCUGCUACGCUCAUGUCUUGCACUUCCCAAAGUUGUCUCAGUACUCCGGGCCUGCCCCCCAGGCCGCGUUGGCACUACUGCUCAUGAUUUUGACUGCUCCAUCCGGAGGGCUCUUGAGAGUAUCCUGGGAGGACCUCUUUCGGACUGGUCGUGGCAGAAGGCAUCCCUCCCUUGUAGUAAAGGAGGGCUUGGGCUGCGUAGUGCCCCACUUCAUGCCCCUGCUGCAUAUCUGGACUCCUCUCUUCGCUCGGCACCCUUGGUUGAAGGACUCCUAGGUCGCCCUCCUCCCCCUUCGAUCUUCUUAGAUGAAACAGUGUCAGCCAUUGCCUCCUCCUCUGCUCGUCCUGACUGGCAGACUCUGAACGACAUCGACAUUCCCCUCAGACAGGGAGCCCUCUCUGCUGCUAUUGAUGAAUCCGUUAUGAAGAGCCUGUUAGCCUCGGCCCCCACCACUAGGUCACGAGCACUGGCCCUCUCCACUGGUCUCCCUCACGCUCACGACUGGCUGAACGUAAUCCCUUCUCCCUCACUCGGGCUUCACCUCCAAGAUAGGGAGUUUCGCUCUUGCCUGUGUUACUGGCUAGGGGUCCCGCUGCACAAUGACCAGUUCACCUGCCCUGAGUGUCAUGGUGUUGCUGACUCCCUUGGUGACCACCAGGUGGGAUGUGGAGGCAACAGUGACCGUAUCAGCCGUCACAACGCCGUCCGUGACGUUGUUUUUAAAGCGGCUCAGUCUGCUGCUCUGGGCCCCUCAAGAGAAACUACAGGGCUUGUUCCUGACUCGGCUUCUCGCCCUGCAGACGUCCUCCUCCCCAACUGGAUCAAUGGUCGUCCAGCGGCUCUUGACGUCCAUGUCAUUUCUCCUCUCCAGUCUCUCACACUGUCUGAGGCUGCAAGGACCCAGGGCCACGCUCUCCAAGUGGGGGUCCAGCGUAAGCUGGCUUCCAAUCUCCCCAGCUGCAGGUCUGUGGGUAUGACAUGCAUUCCCCUUGUGGCCGAAACCCUGGGAGGCUUAGCAGAGGACUUCAUCUCAACCAUCCGUGAUAUCGGCCGGUCAAUUUGUCUCCGCUCAGGCGCGGACCGAGACUCAGUCACCAUUAAACACCUCUUUGGGAGAGUCAGCAUAGCCCUUUGGCGAGGGAAUGCUUCCAUGCUCAUUCACAGGUCACCAACUCUAUCACCUGUGCUUGAUGGGCAUACCUAAACUUACUAUAUGUUUGUUCUUCAUAUCUUUACCUUACUUAGAUUUCGAUUUAUAUCUGUCUACCCGUUUGUA